AUGCCCACCUUAGCCAUCACUAACUUCAACAUUGUGUUAAGCGUCCUAGGAGGAUGGAUCUCGCUUUUUGGGCUGGUCUCAUACCUCUGCAAGGAGAGCUACUACAUGUCUGAAGCCUUCAUCUCCUUAUUGGUAGGCGUGGCUUUCUCCCCACGCGCCGCCAACUUUAUACGUCCUCUCGUUUACGCCGACCAUGACCCCCUCGCCUUGAUGGAAAUCACCCUCGCCUUCUCCCGGCUCGUCCUUGGCGUGCAGCUUGUCCUCGCUGGCGUCCAACUUCCUAGCAGAUAUCUGAAACAACAAUGGCGCCCUCUCACCAUGCUACUCGGCCCCAUCAUGUUCAUGAUGUGGAUCACCACCAGCCUACUCGUCUGGGCUCUCGUACCCAGCUUCGGCCCCGACGGCAUGGGCUUCCUAAAGGCAUUGGUUAUCGGCUCGUGCGUGACACCCACGGAUCCGGUUCUCUCCAACGUCAUCGUCAAGGGCCGAUUUGCCGAUCACAACGUACCCAAGAAGCUGCAGCGGAUCAUUGUCGCCGAGUCGGGCGCCAACGAUGGACUCGGCUACCCCUUCCUCUUCUUCGCCUUGUAUCUGAUCAAGUACAUCGGGCAUGACUACCCAGGUGACGGCGCCGGUGGGGGCAGAGCGAUGGCGCUUUGGUUCUACGAGACGUGGGUGUACACCAUCAUUCUCUCCAUCGUCUACGGCACCGCGGUCGGUUGGAUCGCGAAAGAACUGCUCCACUGGGCCGAGGAGCGCAAGUUUGUCGACCGCGAGAGCUUUUUGGUGUUUGCCAUCUCGCUGGCGCUCUUCAUCACGGGCACAUGCGGCAUGAUCGGUAGCGACGAUGUGCUCGCGUGCUUCAUCGCGGGGAACGUGUUCACCUGGGACGACUGGUUCCGACUGGAGACGCUCGACGACUCGCUGCAGCCCACCAUCGACAUGCUGCUCAACGUCACCAUCUUCAUGUGGUACGGGGCCGUGUGCCCCUGGGAGAUGUUUCUACGCAACGGGGUCGGUAUUCAAAUCUACCGGCUCAUCGUGCUCGGGAUCCUGGUUUUGUUAUUGAGGCGCUUGCCGUGGGUGUUCAUCGCGCACAAGAUCCCUUGGGGUCGCAAGGUGAUCCCCCAGAUCGAGGGCGCGAAGCAGGCCAUCUUCGUGGGCUUCUUCGGCCCCGUGGGUGUCUCGGCUAUCUUUUAUCUGUACAUCACGCUCGAGUUCUUGAGGGGCAUGGAAGGCCCUGACGGGGAACCGCGCGAGGACGUCAAGGGCUUGGCGGAGACGGUCACGGUGGUGGUCUGGUUCAUUGCCAUCUGCAGCAUCGUCGUCCACGGUCUUAGCAUCCCCGUGGGAAAACUUGGUUUCCAUCUCCCUCGCACACUCUCCAAGGGUCUCAAGAGCGGCAACGCUUCACCCUCGCGGUCGGUUCUUCCGGACUCUAGACGCUCUAGCGGCGGACCGUUGCCGUCAUUUAACAUUGGCAGCCGGGUCAACACCUUGAUCUCUGGCAUGAGGCACCGGCGAUCCCAGGACGAGCCCGAUUCGGAGAGACAUGGUGAAGCCGACGACAGCAAUCAGCGAGAAAUUCCGUUGAACCGUCCCGUCUACAGAAUCGGCGGAACCAUUAUUCGCAAUCCACCUGCCUCUGAAGCUGGUGCUGCUGAAUCAGAGGCACAGGGUGCACCUCAAGCUGCCAACUCGAGCAGUUCGACUCUAGAUAGCGAAACGCGGGGAAGAGGUGUCUCGACCACGCCGGCGGCUCGCGAGGCAGCGGCUUCCAAGUCUCAUAGCCGAGCGCCGGGGCGGUCGAUUCGGUUCCCGGAUGACGAUAGCCAUGAUGUCGGGAGCGCGCCAACGCUUGUUGGUGGGAGCACAGCUGAUAUCAAGCAAUAG